GAGAGUCGGAGAGGACUGGAUCCAGUUGGUUCAAACCGAUUCAGCUCAGAUUUGAGCAUUUUUAGAAGCGUUUCAAACGUUCAACGACAGUCGGCCAAACGUCAAUCCAGAGAACUGCAUUAAAUAAGGUCAAAAGUCCCGACAAAAAACUCGCAACUCCAAACUAUCAGACGUUUGAGGAGGGCUUCAACUUCAGAGGAGGUCGCUCGCUCGCUCGCGGUAAUAAACCUACAAUGAAGGAAGGAGAGAGGAGGCAAUCUCUACUGGCCAGUUCCUCGUCUGGAAUAAAUAGAUCCAGAGAGGUAAAAGGCAGCCCGCAGGUAAAGCGGAAAAGGAGGUUUUCAGGCUUUCCUUUCCAUAAAGAUUCCGGUCUUCAUCAGAGUGGCAAAGGAAUGCGGGUGCUUGAUUCUCAAGGGAAAGAUGUUACUCCUCUGCCCCUGGUUGGCGACACUGACCACCCGGAGUCCAAAACACGUGAUCAUGCAUCUCUGGAGGAAAUCCUUUUCCAAAGCGGAUCAUUGGGUUUCAAGUCCUCUACACCCACUGAAGCGGUUUCGUCCAGGUUGUUUGGCAGCUCAUUUACCACCAUGUCUGUGGAAUCUGGUUUUCUCUCAAGAAGCAGUGGAACCGAAGAUAGUUUUCCUCUGCACGGCUCUGCUGCCGCUUACGGUGAAUCCCAGCAGAAGCCUAUGGCUGAAGCAUUCGACAUCAUCCUCAGCGAGACGGACACUUUCUCGCUGCUGGACCUGUGCCCCGCCCUCAUCUCGGAAGAAGCUGAGGACGCAGACACGGUGAUCCAGAGAAACCAUGCCUACGCCGAGUUUUGCAGUAAUAAAAUGGGCAGUGAUAAUUAUUUAGACCGAUCAUCUCAGGCAUGUGUCGGGGAGUAUAAAUGCAAAUCCACGCAGACCAACAAGAACAACAGUGUCAACAAGGGCACAAUCGCUACUGUCUGGGAUAUAUAUGAUUCGUUCUCUAUGCCGAUCGAAAAUAGGGAAACCCGGGAAACUGAGCAGGCAGAUUAUCUUGUGAGCACCAAGAAAGAGCAAGACGUUUCAGAAGGAACCAUGAGUGGGGACACAGGCAGUGGCGUCAGCUCGGAGUCAGAGGUGGACGCAGAUCUGUUCACGUCAAGUACAGAGCCAGACUUAGAAAAGAUCCUGUCGUCGGAAGCUUUCAUGAACAGUGCGUUGAUAAUGGAGAGGGUGAUAGUGCUGAACAUUUUUCAGCCUAAGCUGGCUGCCUUCAGAGGCCUCAACGUCCUCAAAGAUCCGGACAGCGAGGUCAGGCCUAGCUCUCAGGAACAGAGUCCAGAGAAGAGGGACAGGUUUUUAACGCCGACGUUGGAGCCUCUCUGGGCCUUCGUCAGCCCCCUGACCAAAGGACACAACAUCACCAGCAUGGCAUGGAACAAGAAGAACCCAGACAUCCUGGCAGUAGGCUACGGAGGCUGGUCCUCAGGCAAACCACAACCAGGUUUAAUUUGCUGCUGGUCUCUAAAAAACCUAAUGUGGUCGGAGCGAGUGUUUUCCUGCCAUAACAGUGUGACGUGCCUGGAGUUCUCUUCCAGCAACCCCAGCCAUCUGGCCGUGGGGUUGUACGACGGCUCCGUCGCCAUCUACAACGUUCAGGUCGGAGACGAAACGGCGUGCAUCGCCAACAGCCGUGACUGUGCUAAGAGGCACAUGCAACCGGUGUGGCAGGUCACCUGGACCAAACAGCAGCUGCAGCUAUCAGGGGAAGAACGAGAAGAGGUUUUAGUGUCCAUAUCAGGAGAUGGCAGGAUUACGAAAUGGCUCAUCCUGCACAAUGGUUUCAACUGCGUAGACCUGAUGAUCUUGAAAAGGAGUGGAGGUCGUAAGCAGAGCGUCAGCGGAGGUCGUAGGCUGAGCAUCGGCGGAGCCUCGUCGAAGACUGAAAAUGUGCUGUUACCACUGACUACUGUUCUUUGCAUUGACUUCCAUCCAGACGACACUGGGAUCUAUGUGAUCGGGACGUGGGAUGGCGGCAUGCACAAGUGCUCUCUGUCCAACAGCGAUCAUUUUCUGGAUACAUACUGUAAACACCCUUCCCCAGUGACGCAUAUCGAGUGGUCGCCUCUUUACUCAGACGUGUUCCUGAGCAGCUCUUCAGACGGGACGAUUCAGAUGUGGAAGAUGGACACGCUGAACCCCACAAUGAGCUUCACGUCCGUGCAGAGCAUAGUGGACAGCGUCAAGUGGUCCCCAAACUGCUGCACGGUGUUUGCAGCCAUCUACAGGCAGCAUGUGGAGGUCUGGGACCUCUCCAGAAGCAUCAUGCUGCCCAUUGUGGUACACCACACCAAGCCCGGCGUGACGCUGUCGUCCUUGCUGUUUGCCAAAGGUUCGGAUUGCAUUUUGGUUGGGGACAGUCGGGGCGAGGUGACUGUGUACAAGCUCAAAAACUUCAAAGUCGGGAAAGGAAAAAAGGUGACCAAUCUGUAUGAAGUCAUGGCGUCUGUCGGUGGAUACGUUGACUGAAGAACCGCCAUGUAAAAACGGAAUCUAGUUAUCGCUUCAAAUAUGUGGACUGGCUUUUCUUAUUAAAACGUACAAAGGUUUGUGUUCUCAAAUGUUAAAUUGAAGAGAGAAAGGCACACAAUAAACAUAUCA